AUGCCCACGCCGCUGCAGCCAGGCGGCCCCGCUAGCGGCCCGCCCUCGGAGCGCAAGCGGCGCCGCAAGCGCGACGAUCCGCAAAGUUCUGCCGCUCUCGAACCGGACGACGACGACGACGGUACCAUGAGUCCUGAGGAGGACCCACGGGCUGCGCCAGCAGCACCAGCUGCCCCUACGCCAGUGCCCUCUUCUGCCCCCGCGCCAACCUCGCCGCCUGCCGCCCCCGACGCCGUAGAUCUCACCUCACGCCGUGACUCGCCACCACUAUCCUCGGAUGUAGAACAUUUCGAUGGAAAGAUAGUCUACAACCCUGACGGUUCAGCCUAUAUCAUCGAAGAUUCUGAGCUGUCAGAGGGUGAAACUAGCCUCUCGGACUUGCCUAAAAUAGAACCUGGUUGCAUUGUUGAUAGCAGAGAUAGCAACGUCGUUGAAAGACAGCUUGAAUUCCCACAAAUAGCAAGCGCAUUCUACGUAUCAAGAAAUCCUUCGCUAUACGGCGCUCUAUAUGGAAGACUAGCUGUAGAAAGAGCGAGGGCGAGACCUGACGCACCUGUAAUGCACAGUUAUCGAGUGUUUAGUUUUCGUGGAAAAGAGACUCCGAGACCUCAGUCUCCAACCCCUGAGUGCGUAAGCGUACCAGUUAAACCUAUUCUAAUGUGUUUUAUUUGUAAACUUAGCUUUGGAUACGCGAAGUCGUUUGUGGCACAUGCACAAUCUGAUCAUAGUUUAUCUUUACUAGACUCUGAAAGAGAUGCGCUGUCAAGAGAAAAUGCAUCGGCUAUCAUUCAAUGUGUUGGUAAAGAUAAAGAAUCACUAGUCUCAUUCUUAGAACCAGUAGGUGCAGCUGCGCCACAACGUGCUUCCAUCUCUGGCAGUCCUGCCAACAUGUCAGAACUAUCAAGUCCAUCAGUGGAAAAAAGGCUUGAUCUUAUGACGCCAGAUAGAGACAAUGAGAGUAUGUUACCGAAUGGAUCAUGCGAUGACAGGAGGCCGAGUCCACCUGCCUGGAGGCCACCUAGAUCAUUAGCGGAAUCAUUAUUACCACAACAUUCUUUAAUAUCUGUGGCUCAUCCUCAUGCCAUCAACGCCUCGGUUCAGCCGAGAGUAAGUCCUAACUCUUCACCGCCAUUCCAAGCGGCACCACCAGCAUUCCUUUCUGGAACAACGAUAGGAGUGUGCCCAGAUCAUUUAGGCGGGAGACCAUCUGGAGCUGAUUGUCCAAAAUGUGAGCUUAUUUUAAAUUCAGGUAGACUAGGAGGACCAUUGGCUGGUAUGCACAGUCGAAAUUCGUGUAAAACCUUGAAGUGUCCAAAGUGUAAUUGGCAUUACAAAUAUCAAGAAACAUUAGAAAUUCACAUGAAAGAAAAACACCCGGAAGCCGAAACCAGUUGCAUUUACUGUAUCGCUGGUCAACCUCAUCCACGAUUAGCUAGAGGAGAAACCUACACUUGUGGAUAUAAACCAUAUAGAUGUGAAGUAUGUAAUUACUCAACAACGACUAAAGGAAACUUAAGCAUUCAUAUGCAAUCUGACAAGCAUCUCAAUAAUAUGCAAGAAUUACAGAACGGUGGUAAUCCAGGAGAAGGAAAUUUACCACCUUCACAACAUACACCACCUGGAGUACAUAAGCCACCGUUACCACAUCAUUCACCUUUAGGUCAAAAACCAAAGCCUACAUUUAGAUGUGACGUAUGCAACUAUGAGACAAACGUGGCCAGAAACCUAAGGAUACACAUGACCUCAGAAAAACAUACUCAUAACAUGCUUGUUCUACAGCAAAAUGUAAAACACAUGCAAACAUUAUCAGCGUUGCAUCAUAGACAACAGAGUCAGCAACAGCUUGAAAGCUUACUCCACUUUCAUGGAGGAGAAGCGCCUCCUCCCAAUCCUGAAGCUGCUUUGGCGGAUAUGGCCUACAACCAAGCCCUUAUGAUUCAGCUAAUGACAGGUGGUCCAGGACCAUCCCCACCUGAACUAGGCGCGCAUUUAGAUGUAGGCUUGAAUCCAGAUGCCAUGGAGCCACCACCAGAACCAGCGGAUCCCGAGCCAGAAAGAACUUUCCAUUGCUGUAUUUGCAACUGUUUCUCUACGGACUCCCUAGAAGCUCUCGGUCACCACUUGGCUCAGGACCGAACUAAAAUUCGGGAGCAAGAGAUACUUGCGCUGGUCGCCGGUCACUACGUAUGUAAGCUGUGCACAUACAAAACAAAUUUAAAGGCCAACUUCCAACUUCAUUGCAAGACUGAUAAGCAUUUGCAAAGGCUACAACAUGUAAAUCACGUUAAAGAAGGAGGUCCACGUAAUGAGUGGAAACUUAAAUUUUGUGGUGGAGUUGGCACUGGGGCCGCAGGAGUGGGUGGCGUUCAAGUCAGAUGCUGUGCGUGUGAUUACUAUACGAACUCCGCACAUAAGCUCCAGCUGCACGCAGCCGGUGCUCGUCAUGAAGCUGCUGCGCUAUUGUUGAGACACCUUCGCGAUUGUUCUUCUAGACUACCACGUGAUCGUUCGAGAGUAUAUCGAUGUGCACUGUGUGGUUUUGGGGCACCUCACCGCCUCCCUCUACUGCAACACGUUCGUUCAGUGAAGCAUCUUCAGAUGGAACAGAUUCAUCAACUGCAGCGCCGUUCUGAGGGGAAAGACCCUACGCCGGACGUUGCUGAACUUUUCCAAGUUAUACCUCAGCCAUCGGAACUACCUAGUCCAUUCGAUCAACAGGAAAAUGACAACAAGGAGCCUAUUGACCAAAAACCUGAACUAACUCAGGAGCAAAAGAUGAUGCGAUUUUUGGAACAACACCAACAGCAACAGCAACAACAACAGCAGCAAGUCCCUCAACAAUCCAUACCUCAAGUAUCGAAUGAAAAAGAAGAAGAAGACAUUUCACCAUCGCACACGUGCCCAUACUGUAAUUUCAGCUGUGAUAGCGAAAACAAGCUUCACAUGCACGUCAACUCAAUGCAUGCUGACUCAGCAAGACACUUCAUUUGUCCUUUGUGCCAAGAUGCAUUCAAGGAUCGGCCAGCUCUCGAACGCCAUGUGAUGCAAAUCCAUUCUGUAAACUCAGAAGGUCUACAGCGGCUAUUACUUUUAGUUGAUCAAAGCCACUGGCUGAACGGAGCUAAUCAAUCUCAACGUGAAGAUUCCAGGCAAGGUGAUGAAGAACGUGAGAGAGAGAUAUCUUCACCACGCUCUGAAGGUAGCGUAGAUGGUGAAACGGAAAGGUGUUCUACUUGCAACAGAACAUUCCGAAACGUAGAUGAACUUUGCCAUCAUCAAAAUGAGUCUGGACAUCUGGAAUUGAAACAAACACCCCAAGGACCUGGUUAUGUCUGUUGGAAAAAAGGUUGUAACCGUUAUUUUGAGGCAGCUCAUGCUCUACAAAACCACUUCAAAGAAGCGCAUGCUCGCAACUCGAUUGCUAAUAUGUCAGUAUCAGAAAAACAUGUUUACAAAUAUCGUUGCAAUCAAUGUAGUCUUGCAUUCAAAACAGUCGAAAAACUUCAACUUCAUUCUCAAUAUCAUCUUAUUCGCGACGCUACUAAAUGUGUUCUAUGUGGACGGAGCUUUAGAUCAAUAUUAGCUCUACAAAAGCAUGUGGAAACUUCUCAUUCUGAAUUAUCGGAGGAUGAACUCGCUGCUUUGAAACGUAGCUUGGCCUCUAAUCCCUUACUGCAAUCAAACCAAGGAACUGCAUUAGAUCACACUACAGCAGAAUUAUUGCGCAAAGAGGCCCUAAGAACACCAGAUGAUGAAUUAGGGGAGAUGGAAGAUAGAGACUCCAGUGCCACUGUUGCUGACGAGUCAGGCCACAAUGAUGCUGAAAAUUCCGAUGACUCCAUUAUUUAUAAAGAUCAACAAUUCUUAGAAGAUUAUUUGAAUUCUCAGGCUAUGGCAGAAGAUUCUUAUAACGAUCCAAAUAGAAAAUAUAAGUGCCAUCGUUGCAAAGUUGCAUUUACAAGACAAUCCUAUCUUACAGCGCACAAUAAGACGCUUCUUCACAGAAAAGGUGAAAAGUUAACUUAUCCUAUGGAAAAGUAUCUCGACCCAAACCGACCGUUUAAGUGCGAUGUAUGUAAAGAGUCAUUCACGCAGAAGAAUAUUUUAUUGGUCCAUUAUAACAGCGUCAGUCAUUUACAUAAAUUAAAACGAGCCAUGCAAGAACAGCAAAAUAAUAAUAAUCCACCGGUUUCACCAGGCGCUGGAACUGCACCAUCUAAUUUGACUCUGACACCUAAAAGUACAUCGAGUGAAGAGGAUGAUCGCAAAAGAUACAAAUGCAAUAUAUGCAAAGUAGCUUAUACGCAAGGCAGCACGUUAGACAUUCAUAUGCGAUCAGUUUUGCAUCAAACACGUGCCGGCAAGUUGCAAGAGCUAGCCGCGGCGGGCCACGUUGACUUGACACGGCCUUUAGUAGAGCAGCCGGAUAGAAACGACCCCGCUAAAAUUUUACAAGACGUGUUGUCGCCAAAAAAUACAUCCCCUUCGUCUACUAGCAGCGGGGGGCCGCGCUCUUCACCCCCCGUGCGCCCAGGUAGCCCGCGAUCCCCUCGCGCAGGUAGCGCCUCGUGCGACCGCUGCCACGCGUCAUUCCCAACUGGGGAGCUACUCGACGCACAUCGCAUUACUUCAUGUCCUUUUGGCGAUGCGCGGGCGCAAUCGCCACUCGGUGACGCAGAAGCCGCGGCUUUAGACGAGAUGGUAGCUAAGGGCAAUCCGCCCAAACGAAACUCACAAAUGUAUAAACAACUUCUCGAGACAUUCGGCUUCGAUCUCGUCAUGCAAUACAAUGAAAAUCAGCGCCGAAAACUGCAAGAGGAACGUGAAAUGGCGCGAGUUCCGAGCCCUCCACCGCCGCCCCCUGAGGAGAAACCUCCGGAUGAAACAAAAUCUACCUGCCAACACUGUAACAAGGAGUUUUCUAGUGUAUUCGUUUUAAAGACUCAUUGUGAAGAAGUGCAUAAAGAUAAAGUUCCCCUGGAAUUUUUAGAACAAUUUGCGGAGCAAUUCAAAUCCGAGUAUGAAAGAAAAUCUGGUGCUCCGAAUUCCCCUCGUGCUGGAUCACCCGCGCCACAAGGCGACCGCUCGCCUUCACCACGGGGUGAUAACAACGGAAAUUACAAUGAAAACACGAAUGGUUCUAGUGAAGCUCAAGCGGGAGCGUUGCUUGCAGCACAAGUGCAAGAGAUGCAGGCGGCACUGAACAUGCUUCAGCUGCAGCAACAACUAGGACAAUUGCAUCCUAUGGUAGCUCAGAUGCUAUCUCUGGGAUUACCUCUUGGGUUAAAUAUGGGUGCAUUAGCAGCUAUGAACCUUCAGCCACCCCUGGUGCCGCUGAUGAUGCCACCUCCGCCUUUUGAUUCGAUGCCUUUCGCUCAAGACGCCCACAUGAAACAGCAGCAACUUAUUCAGCAACAACAACAGGCUAAUGCUGCUGGGCAAAAAAGAGCUCGAACACGUAUUACUGAUGAUCAAUUGAAGAUUUUACGAUCGCACUUUGAUAUUAAUAACUCGCCAAGUGAUGAAGCUAUUGCUAAAAUGGCCAAACAAUCUGGCCUCGCUACAAAGGUCAUAAAACAUUGGUUCCGAAACACACUAUUUAAGGAACGUCAACGUAACAAAGAUUCACCUUAUAAUUUUAACAAUCCACCUUCGACUACACUAAAUCUUGAAGAAUAUGAAAAAACUGGUGAAGCGAAAGUGACUACCUUGGAUUCAUCAGCGAGCUCAGAUGAAGGAAAACCACCACCAGAAAAAAAAGCAAAAACUGAAGAAAAUAUGAUUGUCGCUCAACCAGAGGUGAAAUGUGAACCAAAUGAAGAGCCAACAAUGGAGGAAAAAUACAAUUCAUAUGAUGACCGACACCAAGAAGAUCAAAGUUUUAUAUUUCCUCAAAUUCCAUCCCAAAGUCCUGCUCUAAGUACACCUGACUUGCACCAAAACAUAUCUCGGCCUCAGACGCCGACACAUUUAUCUUUAAACUCCUUAAUACAGUCUCAACUGGAUUCAAUACCAGCUACUAGUAUACCACAACCACCACACCCGUCAAUGCUUCCACCUAAAAUUAAUCCUAAUUUCACGUCCCCAAACUCCGCGCCCCCGAACGUCCUACCUUUGACCCCAAAUCGCAGCCUCAGUCCUGGCAGGGGACCGGCCGAUUUCGGACUUUCCGGGGGCAACUCGAACGGAUCCAACAGCUCGGGGUCUUCUGGCAAACGCGCCAACAGAACUAGAUUUACAGACUAUCAAAUAAAAGUAUUACAAGAGUUUUUUGAAAAUAAUGCUUACCCAAAAGAUGACGAUUUAGAAUACCUUUCUAAACUAUUAGGUCUUAGCCCAAGAGUUAUAGUAGUAUGGUUUCAAAACGCUCGGCAGAAAGCUAGAAAAGUAUACGAAAACCAACCAGCCGCAGAUCCACCUGCGGGAUCCAUGGAUGAUGCUAACCGAUUUCAACGCACACCAGGUCUCAACUACCAAUGCAAAAAAUGUCAACUCGUAUUUCAAAGAUACUAUGAAUUAAUUCGACACCAGAAGACUCAUUGUUUUAAGGAGGAGGAUGCGAAACGAUCUGCGCAGGCACAAGCGGCAGCUGCGCAGGUUGCUGCAACACUAAGCAGCGAAGACUCAAAUUCAAGCACCGUAGAACACCACGUUCCGCAUGUGCCAGUUUCACCGGCACCACCUCGUACUCCAACGCCUGCUGCGCCCAACUACCCAGUUUCACCAGCUCCCCCAACACCUCAUACGCCUGUCACGCCUCUCUCACACAACCCUAGAGAUGAUAAAGAUGGUAAUUUUCAAUGUGAUAAAUGCAACCUAGUCUUCCCGCGAUUUGACUUAUGGCGAGAGCAUCAGAUGGUGCAUUUUAUGAAUCCAAACUUAUUUCCCACAUACCCACCUGACUCUCCUUUUGGAAUUUUACAACAACAUGCUCAACUUCAACAAUUAAAUGCGUCCUUAUCAAAUGAAGAGGCUCGUCACCCUUUAGUGGCUGCACUUAAUCAGCAAGUUAAAAGAAAGUUUGACGAUUUUGAAGAAACAGACACUGGUGAGCAGCCGAAGGAUAAGCGACUAAGAACAACUAUUCUGCCAGAGCAAUUAGAUUACUUGUAUCAAAAGUAUCAAAUAGAAUCAAAUCCUUCAAGAAAAAUGCUCGAGAAUAUUGCCCGAGAAGUUGGUUUAAAGAAAAGAGUUGUUCAAGUUUGGUUCCAAAAUACAAGAGCUCGUGAAAGAAAAGGACAAUUUCGUGCUCAUGCGCAAGUUAUUAAUAAACGAUGUCCAUUUUGUCCCGCUCUAUUCAAAGUGAAGAGUGCGCUCGAAAGUCAUUUAAGUACAAAACAUGCUGAUCAGUGUGCAAGAGGGGAAAUAAAUGUAGAUGCAUUACCAGAUGAAGAGUUAAGUACGGAAUCAACUCCAAGUUUUGGAUCACAACAAAGUGACAGGCAGCAAAAUUUUUCCCAAGCGGGGGCUCCCAUGUUGCCCCCUAUUUUUCCGCCGUUUCACUCAGACAUGGAGAAAUUUAUCAAACAGUAUAGUGAAGAGUCAAUGAAGAGAUAUGUAAAUGAACUCCAGGUUCAGGCUGCCGCUCAACAAAAUGGUGGUAGCAAUGAACCAUCUGAGAGACGCCCUGAACAUGGAAAAUCGGAAAUCCCUUUAGAUCUCAGCAAACCUGUAGAUUUAUCACGGCCAGGAUCCGACGCAGAUGAAAGAUCAGAUACGGCAUCUGAAACAAUGGAAUUCUAUGAAGAAGACGACUCGUCUUCACUUGACUUUCACACGGGUCUACCAAAUCAAAGGCCACCUGGUAAACGAUUUCGAACACAAAUGUCUUCUGUUCAAGUGAAGAUCAUGAAGUCUCUGUUUUGUGACUAUAAAACGCCAACCAUGGCUGAAUGCGAAGCACUCGGGCGUGAAAUUGGAUUACCGAAACGUGUAGUCCAAGUUUGGUUCCAAAAUGCUCGUGCCAAAGAGAAGAAAGCGAGGCUCGCAGCUGGUUUAUCGGAGGUGUCAGACGCACUACCACCGGAAGAUUGUCGCGUCUGCGACUUUAAAUACAGCCACAAGUACUCGGUGCAAGAUCAUGUGUUUACGCGGGGGCACAUCGCCGCCGUGCGCGCCCGCCUCGAGAACAGCGCUGGCGCAGGUGACGAUGGUACACUAGCGUUGAUGCAAAUGGCGGCACGAUUGGAGAGCGGUCUUGGCAACGAGCUCCACAACGCCUUCCUCCGCCCUCAGCUUGCCGGCAACGGUGAGUGCACUUGA